AUGAACAGAAAUACAGAGUUAGGCCCAAGGAGCAUAACCUCAGAACCAGCCUCUCCGACGAACAGCGCAGGGGAGGAAAAGAUGGAGGUUGCUUCUGAACUGAGCAGCCCAACUUUGCAUAGUGGGGACAGCGGGUUCUUUGAAAGAGGUAUUAAAACAAUGUUAAGCAUCCGGAAAUCAAAACGAAGUCUUAACAAAGAGAAAGCAAAGGAAGGUACCGGUACUUGGAAAGGAAAACGACUUUCUUUUCGAUUCUCCAAGAGCUACGAGGAGAACAAAACCACAAUCUGUAAUGGCGUGGAGGAGAUUAGUGAGAAGAUCACAGCAGAGCCCAUUCAAGGAAAACCUCUUUCAGUAAUGGAAAUCAAUGAACUUAUUCAGAAAAGGCAGCUUUUGGAAGCAUUUGCAAGUAUCAAGUACUUGGAAGAUGAGACUAUAGCUGAACGAGAUGCUGAGAAAUACAAAGAUAACCCCCAGGAGUUUGUGAGGAAGUCCAAGGAUGUGGAUUUGCUUUAUAACUCCAUCACGAACAUGAUCCAGUCCAUCGUGGUGGGAACACUGGAGCAGCCCACUGUAGAGGAUACCAUGCUGAACUCCCUGGUGACUUUAAUUGCCCAUGAAGAAGCAGCUCAUCCUAACACAGGCAACGCUACUGGUCCUGGGUCGGACUUGCUCGGCACACCCAGAAAGUGGAGGGAGGAGUGGAGGGAAGCUAUCAAUGAGAGCGCUAGAAAGAGAGUCCAGAGAGUACCCAUGGCAUCGAAGGAAGAAGAGAGUUUUCGGCUUGAUCUCCACUUAGGUUUCCUCCAGAAACAGCUGAGCGAAGACUUACUGAAAAUCAAGUUAUCAGUAAAAAAGUGCUAUCCAGAGGAGUACCAGGUGUGUGAUAUGUAUGUGGAGGCUUUUCACAAUGCCGUUGCCUCACACUUGCAAGAUCUUUCCCAGAGACCGCUGGAAUUCAACGAGCUCUACACCUUGCUCGACUGGGUGGCCAACAUCUACCGCAGUGAACUCUUUCUGGGUCACCCUGAUCUCAAACCAGAAGUUAAGACAGAAAACCUGUCCCUGCUGUUAGCCCCAGCUGAUUGGGAUAAACUGAAGAACGACUACAUCACUUUGGCAAAGGGGAAAAUCAAAAGCUAUUUUGGAAACAUCCUGAGACUGGAGGUCACGGAGAAGUGGGAGAAGGAAGUUCAUCCAGAAGUGAAGGAAAACCUCUACCACUCCUCGCUCUCCUUUGAUAUUCAAGCGAUCAUCGGGGAGCACAUGAAGAUAUCUGGAGCGAUCAGCAGAAGUCUGGGAACAAAAACGCUUGAGCUGUGCCUGGCAGAGCUGCAUGAAUUCAUACCAAGGUUCGGGGAGGAGUUUGUGGCGUGGAGCACUGCCCAGGACAGCCCCGUCUUUGCACCCUAUUUCACUGCCUACAUCAACAGCUUCCACGACCUGGUGUCAGGGUUAGAAAGAGUGUUUAAAGUCAACACUGAGGAACUGCAGAAGAUUUUGGCAACUCUGACAAGGAACUUCACAAAUAUUUUUUUAAAUAAAUUAAGAACAAAAGCACAGCCACUCCUUAAGAAAAUCCUGACCAAGGACUGGAUUUUGGCAACAGAAAGGCCAGACUCGCUGGCGUCGGCGGUCUCGCAGUUCUCCGAGCACCUGCAGCACAUGAGGGAGCCCAUGGGGCAGGAGCUUCUACGUGACAUUCAUAAGUACGUGGUGAGGGAAUACAUCAUGCAGGUCAUCAAACCCAGACGGAAAAUGAAUGGGGAGACACGGCAGCAAGUGAGUGAAAAGAUGAACCAGGAAGCCAGAAUCCUUAAUAAUACGCUCAUCGGUCAGGGCUCUGACUCUGACUGGCUCCUUCCCGCCAUACACCACAUCGCCAAUAUCAUUGGGGAGAAGAAAAAAGACAAGAUCAAGGAGUACGUCAAGGAGCUGUGUCAGGAUUAUCCAGAUAUCAGGAAGGAGCACAUCCUGGCAGUCCUCGCACUCCGGGGGCUGGGGCGCACCAGGAGAGCAGCAAUUUUUCGGCAAGGCUACCAUGCGCUGGAGAGCCCCAGCGGCGGGGAGGGCAGCACACUCUUUGCUGAAAUUGAUGCCCCGGUGAUCAUCAGCUGCUUCUAA